AUGGAACUCGAGCUUUUUUCGCUCGUGGAAAUUUUGCGCGAAUACCGCACCAUGUUGCUCGGUUUUCCUGUGGUCGUUCACACCGACCACAAGAACCUCAUAUAUCCUACCGAAAAUAGCCUGCGAGUCAAGCGCUGGAAGCUUCUCCUUUCGGAGUAUCGCCUCUCGAUGCACUACAUCAAGGGGGCCAAAAAUGUUGGUGCUGACGCUUUUUCGCGGAUGCGAUUUGACAACUUAGAGACAAAGUCUAAGUUGCAGCUUGCGGAGGAGGUUUGUAGGACGACGGAUGAGCCAGACUGUGUCAUGCAUGGUCCUGUCCUACGAGAGCACCAAGAGAAAGACGCCAUGAUCCAGAAGAUCAAGACUUCCUGCCUUAAAGGCAACAACAACCCCGACUACCAGCUCCUACCGGUACUCGGCUGCACACUGGUUGCGUACCAAAAGCGCGUCAUUGUGCCCGACAGCCUGCGCGAUGACCUAAUUAAUUGGUACCAUUUGAGUCUCAGCCACCCGGGAAGUGAACGCCAGUACAAGACGAUGAGACAGGUGCUUUACUGGCCCGGCAUGGAAGCCGAUAUAAACAAGGAGACGAAGAAUUGUCUCGUUUGCAAGAAGGCCAGGGUACAUGGAGGCAAGCAAGACUACGGAUUAUUGCCACCUCGGACACUCAAGACAGUGAACCCUUUCGACUCGGUUCACGCUGAUUUAAUUGGUUCCUACGAGGAUGGAUAUUAUGGCAUCACUAUGGUCGAUCACGCCACGCGUUGGCUGGAAGUGGGUAUCCAGCCUGAUAAAGUUCUCUGA